AAAAAAAAACUCAAAGGAGAAGCAUUUACGCACAGGUCCUACACUCAGCUGGGGCGGAAACAAUCUGCGGCUGCAGGUUUACCACCGGCGGCAAAAAAAGGGGACACACGCAGCACUGAGGAGGAACUGAGAAUGAAUGACCGAGUUCAAACAAAGUGUCCGUGAGUUUCUGUUGGGAAAGGAUCAAGAUCUGCGGCAAACUGUGCAGGAUUGCCUUCAUCUCCAAAAUCCGGGUUGCAGCCUCAACUGUCUGAUUGAUGAGUGGAGUCCUGCUCAAACCCUGGGUAGAUGAUCAUCAUUUUUCAAGUGGGGAAACUGCACAAACUGUGAGAAAAAUCAUCAAUGAGAAUCGCCUGUCAUUGAAAGUGGGAGGACACUUGACACUAUGGGAGAGUGCAAAGAACAGAGAGUGAUUGGCAGGAGGAGGAGAGUCUGACGGAGGAGCAGAGGAAUGUUGGCAGCCAUUUAGUCUGAACUCAACAACGGAGGAAACAUGGAUUCUUCACAAAAAAAAUGUAAACACAGCAAUGGAGUGAGAUGUGGGACCUCUGAGGAGGAUAAGGAUGGUUCAGCAACAACAGCAAAAAGAGAUGAAUCACUGAGUUGUGAGCAAUGUGGCAAGACUUUUAUCACAGCAACAAAGCUAAGAAUUCACAAACGUAUUCACACUGUGGACAAACCAUUCAGCUGUGAUCAAUGUGGAAAGGCUUUUACUCACAAGAGUCAUCUAACAAGUCAUCAACUCAUGCACAGUGGAGUGAAAUCAUUCAACUGUGAUCAGUGUGGAAAGGCUUUUACUCACAAGAGUAAUCUAGCAAAUCAUCAACUCAUUCACAGUGGAGUGAAACCAUUCAGCUGUGAUCAGUGUGGAAAAGCUUUUACUCAGAAGGGUCACUUAAAAAGCCAUCAACUCAUUCACAGUGGAGUUAAACCAUUCAGCUGUGAUCAGUGUGGAAAGGCUUUUACCCACAAGAGUCAUCUAACAAGUCAUCAACUCAUGCACAGUGGAGUUAAACCAUUCAGCUGUGAUCAGUGUGGAAAAGCUUUUACUCUGAAGGGACACCUAAAAAGACAUCAACUCAUUCACAGUGGAGUGAAACCAUUCAGCUGUGAUCAGUGUGGAAAGGCUUUUACUGAGAAGGAUUACUUAAAAAGACAUCAACUCAUUCACAGUGGAGUGAAGCCAUUCAGCUGUGAUCAAUGUGGAAAGGCUUUUACUCAGAAGAGUGACCUAGCAAAACAUCAACUCAUUCACAGUGGAGUUAAACCAUUCAACUGUGAUCAGUGUGGAAAGGCUUUUACCCACAAGAGUCAUCUAACAAGUCAUCAACUCAUGCACAGUGGAGUUAAACCAUUCAGCUGUGAUCAGUGUGGAAAAGCUUUUACUCUGAAGGGACACUUAAAAAAACAUCAACUCAUUCACAGUGGAGUGAAACCAUUCAGCUGUCAUCAGUGUGGAAAAGCUUUUACUCUGAAGGGACACUUAAAAAGACAUCAACUCAUUCACAGUGGAGUGAAACCAUUCAGCUGUGAUCAAUGUGGAAAGGCUUUUACUCAGAAGAGUACUCUAGCAAAUCAUCAACUCAUUCACAGUGGAGUUAAACCAUUCAACUGUGAUCAGUGUGGAAAGGCUUUUACUCUGAAGAGUACUCUCGCAAGUCAUCAACUCAUGCACAGUGGAGUUAAACCAUUCAGAUGUGAUCAGUGUGGAAAGGCUUUUACUCUGAAGAGUACUCUAGCAAGUCAUCAACUCAUUCACAGUGGAGUUAAACCAUUCAGCUGUGAUCAAUGUGGAAAGGCUUUUACUCAGAAGUGUGAUCUAGCAAAACAUCAACUCAUUCACAGUGGAGUUAAACCAUUCAACUGUGAUCAAUGUGGAAAGGCUUUUACUCACAAGAGUCAUCUAACAAGUCAUCAACUCAUGCACAGUGGAGUGAAAUCAUUCAACUGUGAUCAGUGUGGAAAGGCUUUUACUCACAAGAGUAGUCUAGCAAAUCAUCAACUCAUUCACAGUGGAGUGAAAUCAUUCAACUGUGAUCAGUGUGGAAAAGCUUUUACUCAGAAGGGUCACUUAAAAAGCCAUCAACUCAUUCACAGUGGAGUUAAACCUUUCAACUGUGAUCAAUGUGGAAAGACUUUUAAUCAGAAGAGUAAUCUAACAAGCCAUCAACUCAUUCACAGUGGAGUUAAACCAUUCAACUGUGAUCAGUGUGGAAAGGCUUUUACUUACAAGAGUCAUCUAACAAGUCAUCAACUCAUGCACAGUGGAGUGAAAUCAUUCAACUGUGAUCAGUGUGGAAAGGCUUUUACUCACAAGAGUAAUCUAGCAAAUCAUCAACUCAUUCACAGUGGAGUGAAAUCAUUCAACUGUGAUCAGUGUGGAAAAGCUUUUACUCAGAAGGGUCACUUAAAAAGCCAUCAACUCAUUCACAGUGGAGUUAAACCAUUCAACUGUGAUCAGUGUGUGAAAACCUUUACUCAACAUGAACAGUUGUUUAUCCAUCAAUGCCCCCAUUCUGGUAGAAAGCGGUACCACUGUGACUCCUGUGAAAAAACUUUCAGCUCCCAACAGAGAUUAAAACGUCACGAACGCAUCCACACUGGACAUGAUGUGUACGCAUGUGAUUACUGUGGCAAACCAUUUCUAUUGUACUCACAGUUAAAAGCUCAUGAAGUGACCCACACUGGGGUCAAACCAUACAUUUGUCACCAGUGUGGGAAACGCUACAGCUACACUGCACAUCUCAAAAUUCACCAACGUGUCCACACUGGGGAGAGACCAUACAGAUGUGACGAGUGUCAGAAGACUUUUACAACUUUGGGUUCCCUGAAACAACACCAGCAGAUCCACACCAGAAAGAAAGCAUUCAAUCAGUGUCACAGUGAGCAGAACGGAACAGAUGGACAAAACUCUCAGACUUGUCAGCACUCUUCCAAUGGUGAACAGUGCUGCUUUGACCAGUCUGGACCAACGUCCAACCAACAAGGAACCCUACAACGACACCAGCGUAUGCACACUGGACACAGACUGAACCCCUGCCAAGAAGAUUUGUCCAUGCAGGGUUCAGUAAAAGUUCAUGAAGUCCUCCACAAACUUAAAGUCCUUGAGAUCCGGCUUCACAGAAUUCAGGUCUAAUUUCUUGUUGAGUGUCUUAGUUGUAAAAUCCAUUAAGAGGAAAGCUGUCGUUAACAGACGUGACUGGUAAAUUAAUUAAACCAUUCAAAGUGGUUAUUCAGUUAAAUGAAUUAUCAGUGGUAGAGGGAUAGACGUCUGGAUGGAGGCAGUGAGCAGCAGGGCCAAUUUCCAGCUUAAUCAUUCCUCAGAUCCCUCUGGGCUGCAGGAACCCGUUAGAUGCAGAGCUGGUUCAGUGAUUCUCUGAUGAUUAAUCAUAAUUAUAUUGUUAAAACACAAGAAUCAAUGUUUUGGUUCAAAUCACAUUGUCUUUGCAUGUAGCUCUGUGUUUUCUGCUCCAGGAAUUGGGUGAUGUGUGCGACCCAGCACCCACAGCUGGUUGCUCAUGUUACUUCCAUGUGAUCUGCCAUUAAAACGGCCACAUUCUACCAUAAACACUGUAAAUAAUGACACACCUGCUCAAAGUUAAAGGCCAACAUACGACCCAAACAUGACAUGGAUUUGAUGCCACUUUGAACUAAGAUGAUCUCUUCUGUUGAACAAAGCGUUGAUUGUGAAUCUUUUUUCCAGAUAUGAAGCUGCUCCUUCCAGGUCCACAGACAGUAAACAAAACAAAGUUCUCUGUAAAAACCCUCAGAAUGUUGAAUAGAAUAAAUGUGGACAGUUUCAUGACUGGAAGAGAAGAUUUCUGGAUCAUUUUGGUCAUUUUGUGUCAGAAUGUGUUUAAUUUUGAUCAGUUUCCAUCUUUUGGUCCGUUUUUAAAAAUGUUGCAUCUUUUCAUUUU